UCUCUCUUUAAUUGUUAUAUCUCUAUCUCUCUGUGUGAAAGAACACAAUGGCACAACAAAGGAUGGGUCCUUCUGGAUUUCAACUCGCUGGAGACAACAGUUUCGACGACGGUGCACUAGACUUCGACAGCGUAAAGAAUGUGUCCAUUGGGGUUCGUGAAAAACAAAUCGUUUUUAUAAGCUUAACGUACUCGAGGGGCGAAAAAGAUCAGACUAUCACCCACGGAGAACAACCUAACGAGAACAUGGAGAUCGAGUUUGGAAAACUUGGAGGGUAUUGUAAGACUGUCGGCGGCACGUACAAACGUGGAACUCCGCAGCUUCCAACAGGGUAUAUUAGCAACUUGUAUUUUGUAACCUCCGAAGGACAGAAGACGGAAUCGUACGUUCGAGCCGCUGCAGAUGAGUCGGAUGAGGCUUUCAGUUUCACUGCGGAUGGGGAAACCCAAUUGGUUGGAUUAUUCGGACGGUUCGGGCAGAAAGGAUUAAUCACGAUAGGGGCGUUGUUUGCACCAGAAUGAAGCCAAGAUUAAAGAAGUAAGCAAAGAUGAAGGAAGAAGCUGAUAUAAUUAUAUAAAGAAGCGUA